AUGAAGGCGUUGCUGUGGGUUUUAGUGAUUUUUAUUCAAAUUGGUGAGAACAAGGCCGGUUGCUUGAAGGAAGAGAGAAUUGGUCUGCUACACUUGAAGUCAUUUCUUAAAUCCAUCCCCUACACUAAUUCAGACCAUCUUCUUCCUUCAUGGGUUGACGACUCAAAGAGUACUGAGUGUUGUGACUGGGAGCGGGUCACGUGCAACUCCACCACUAGUCACAUCAUAGAAUUGUCCCUUGAGAAUUUAAAGCAAGAUCCUUACUAUCGUGAACAUAAGUACAAGAUCAAUGUGAGUUUCGGGGAUCGGUGGUUGCUAAACGUGUCUAUUUUGGAGCCUUUCAAGGAGUUAAGAAGUCUUGAUAUGUCCUUUAAUGCAAUUGGUGGCUGGAUACCAUACGAAGGAUUUGAAAAGCUUUCAAGCUUAAGGAAUCUGGAAAUUCUAAACCUUGGAUAUAACUUCUUUCAUGACAAUGGCAUUCUACAAUCUUUGGGUCAUGUGACUUCGCUCAAGACUUUAAAUCUUACUUCGAAUUUGUUGGAGGGUUACUUUCCAGCUCAAGAAUUAGUUGGGUUGAGAAACUUGAACAAGCUGGAUAUAAGUGGCAAUUCCUACAAUGAUAUCAUCCCAAGUCAAGGUUGGAAAAGCUUGUCAAGAUUAGAGAACUUGGAGAAAAUAGAUCUCAGUCACAAUGACCUCAAUGACGACCCUUUACAAUCUUUGGUUGCUGUCAAGUCCCUUAAGAAUUUGAAUCUUGCUUGGAAUCAAGUAACAGGAUCUUUUCUGGUUAAAGAUUGGAAACUUUUGUCAAGAUUGGAGAACUUGGAGAUAUUAGAUCUUAGUCACAAUUACCUCAACGAUAAUACCUUAAAAUCAUUGGUUCUGGUCAAAUCUCUUAAGAAUCUGAAUCUUGCCGGAAAUCAGUUGACUGGAACUUUUCCAACUAAAGGUUGGGAAAGCUUGUCAAGAUUGGAGAACUUGGAGAUAUUGGAUCUUAGUUUAAAUCUCAUCAGCGAUGGUAGCUUACCAUCAUUGGCUACAAUCAAGUCCCUUAAAUAUCUGAAUCUUGCUUCGAAUUACCUCAUGAAAUCCUUUCCAAUCAAAGUGCUAGCAAAUCUGAGCAACUUGGAGGUUCUUAUCUUGCAAUCUAAUCAACUUGGAGGAAAACUACCAAUCCAAGAUUUGGUCAAUUGUAGCCGGUUGGAGAUUUUAGAUGUCAGCAAAAACUUGUUCACAGGAAGUAUUUCUCCAUCUAUCGGGGAACUAAUUUCACUCAAGGUUCUAUCCUUAUCUUCCAAUGAACUCAAUGGCGCUUUACCUACUCGAGAAUUGUGCGCACUCAAGAAGCUUGAAGAGUUAGAUCUAUCUCAUAAUCAAUUUGAGGGGACUCUUCCUCUAUGCAUGAACAAUAUGACGUCUCUCAAAUUAUUAGAUAUUUCUGAGAAUCAAUUGAAUGGAAAUGUUUCUUCAUAUGUGAUAGCCAGCCCAAAAUCUCUCGAGUACAUUGAUUUUAGUUACAAUCAGUUUCAGGGUCGAUUCUCGAUCAAGUUAUUUGCCAAUCACUCUAAACUUGAGGUUAUUCGAUUCAUCAACCGAAACAAUAAACUUGAGAUAGAAACUGAGAAUUCCUUGGGUUGGGCACCUUUGUUUCAGUUAAAGGUUCUGGAACUGUCUAACUGUAGUUUGAACAAGCUCUCCGGCAAUGUUCCUGGAUUUCUCCUUGACCAACAUGAAUUGGAAGUUGUCGAUCUAUCCCGAAAUAAGUUGAAAGGAAGCAUCCCAAAUUGGUUGGUGGAAAACAAUACAAGAUUACAAAUUCUAGAUCUUCAAGAUAACUCUUUUGUGGGUCACUUACAUUGGCAAUUGUAUCACCAUAUGCAAAUUUCCUGGAUGGAUGUCUCAAAAAAUCAUUUGAAUGGAAAACUUCAAGAAGACAUUGGAAGGAUUUUUCCGAAUGCAAGGUAUCUAAAUCUUUUCCACAAUAAUCUUGAAGGUAGUCUUCCUUCAUCAAUUAAUGGCAUGAUUUAUUUGGAGGUAUUGGAUUUUUCCUUCAAUAAUUUCUCAGGCGAGGUCCCAAAAGAAUUUGUCACCAGCUGCACAUCAUUGCAAAUUAUGAACCUUGGUUAUAACAACCUUCAUGGUGAAAUCUUCUUAGAGCAAUUCAAGUCACCAUUCUUCGAGUUUCUGCAAUUGAAUGACAAUCAAUUCACUAGUAUUGCAUCGAUACUUAAUACAUCUUCCCUAUUGUACAUAGAUAUCAGCCAUAAUGAUAUUUCAGGUACAAUCCCCCGAUGGUUGGGAAACAUGACAAAUUUGUGGACUCUUGUCAUGGCUACUAACUUUUUUUACGACCAGAUUCCGUGCGAACUAAGUGCGCGCAGCACUAUAGACUUUUCUCAUAACUUAGUUUCGGGAUCGUUGCCUUCUUGCUUGAAUCUACCAAGUCUUGAGCACCUAUAUUUCCAAGGGAACAAACUCACAGGACCAAUACCAAAAGCUCUUUUCAAUUCCUCAUCUCUUUUGACAUUGGACAUUAGAGAUAACAAAUUUUCCGGCAGUAUCCCUGAUGAGAUUGGAGAACUUUACAACUUAAAAGUACUUUUGCUAGGUGGUAAUCAUUUCAGUGGUAUAAUUUCGGAUCAAUUAUGUUGGUUAAGGAUGAUAAGCAUUAUAGAUCUUUCCAAGAAUGCAUUUUCUGGGACAAUACCAAGAUGCUUUAGCAACAUAUAUUUUGGGAAGGUAACUACUGUUAAUUGUUCCUUUUUUCCAAGAAAGAUUGAUUUGGUCUGGUUAGGGCAAGGAGCUUACUCAUAUAAAAGGGUCCUACAGAAGCAUGUUGAACAUUAUGACUACAGAGAAUAUGUCGAUGCAGAAGUUAAGGUUGAGUUUGUAACAAAAUAUAGGUCCCUCUCUUAUGAGGGUUCUGUCCUUGCGUACAUGUCUGGAUUGGAUUUGUCAUGCAACAAGCUGACUGGUGGCAUUCCCCAAGAACUGGGAAAAAUAUCUUCAAUGCAUGCAAUAAACUUAUCUUACAAUCAAUUGACGGGUUCCAUUCCAAAAACAUUCUCAAAUUUGUCUCUCUUGGAAAGCUUAGAUCUCUCUCACAAUAGUUUGAGCGGAGAGAUUCCUUCAUUAUUGAUUGGUCUAACCUUUCUUGAGGUAUUCAAUGUCGCUUAUAACAACUUAUCAGGUAAAGUUCCAGACUUAAAAGCACAGUUCGGGACAUUUGAGAAAAGUAGCUAUGAAGGAAAUGUAUUUCUUUGUGGGCCACCAUUACAAAAAAGUUGUGCCAUAGUAGAUAUGCCAACUCCAACACAGUCUUCCAUUGUAAGUGGCAAUAAAUGGUAUGAAGCAAAUCCUGUGAUCUUCCUUACAAGUUUCUCGGCAAGUGGGGAGAAAAGUCGACCGGUGGUUUCAAGUGAUUUACAAAAGUACCAUUCGGUUACUUUUCAGACCGAAAUUACCAUUCUGGCCGAAAUACCAGAAUCUGGCUGGAGUGGUCCUAAACCAACUGGAAUGUGCUCAUCUAGGCUAGCACCUUUUGCUUUCCCAACAGGGUGCGAGCAUAUUCACGGUCUCGACUACGAGCUUUCUUUGCUCGCCUCAAGGGCGACCAAUUUCAAUGAGGUGAAGAGCACUUUUGCUCCCGCAAAGCUAGCCUAG